CAGGUGACGUCAGUGUCAGGUCGUUUCCGGGGUGAGCUGUCAGGGUUUGUCAGGAGUGGAGUCAGCAGUAGCAUUUGCAAUCAGGAUCAGCAGCAGGUAGACAGACAGACAGACAGAGAAAGAGAGAGAGGGAGGGAGGGAGAGGAGCAGGCAGGCAAAGCGAGCGAGCGAAAGCUUUGUUUAACUGCGCCACGCUGUCCUCGCAGGAGAAAGACGAGUGGAGCAGCAGCAGUACACACACACACACACACGCAACGUGCUCAGCACUUUCCACCUCCCUUCUCCUUCCUAACUCCCCCCACCCCCCCUUUACACUUUUAUAUGAAGCUACAAAACCCAAACUCUGCCGUUCGACAGAAACUCUAAAAAAAAGUGGAACAGGAUGAAAGCUGCGAGGAAAGUCUUCACCAGUAGCCAGAGGAGACCAGGGGACAUAGCCAUGUCAGACAGCGAGACGGGAGAAGACGACGGCAGCUUGCUUUCCGACAUGGCUCAUUCCAAGAAAAGGAAGCGGCAUGUGAUAUUUUCUAAAGAGUCGGUGAAGAUCCUGCGGGACUGGCUGUACGAACACCGACUGAACGCCUAUCCAUCAGAGCAAGAGAAGCUCAGCUUGUCUGGACAGGCGAAUCUAACAGUAUUGCAGGUCUCCAACUGGUUCAUCAAUGCAAGGAGAAGACUUUUACCAGACAUGCUACGGAAGGAUGGCAAAGACCCUCAUCAAUUCACUAUUUCUCGCAAGAGCAAGUUCUCUGAAUUAAAUCAAUCUCGAAGCGGAGGCAGACCAAACCUAUUGGAGAAUUCUGCUUCCGCUGCCACCUCCACACUUUUGUCUGCAUCAUUUCGACCUUCUGUCAUUUGCCAUGCAACAACAUCAAUGGUUAAAGACAUGCCUUUACUCCUCUGCCCAGAGUCCGGCAAUGACAGUAAGAAAACCUCAAAACAGACUGACCAAGAGUUAGUUCGACCCCUGUUUAACACUGAUAACCCCACUACUUUGACGUGCACAGAUUCAAGCAGUCCUAAUAAUGGAUUGUUCAACACACCACCUCCCACUCCACCAGAGCUCCACCAGGACUUCAGUGGAUUUCAGCUGUUGGUGGAUGUUGCACUCCAGCAGGCUGCUGAACUGGAAUCUCAAAAACAGAAUAUUAAGAUUUCAUCUUAAACACGUGCAUCAAGGAACGUGGUAAAUGUCAGUAGAAGUGUAGAUAUCUGAGGAACCUUUCAGUUGGUUCCAGUCUGUGAAUGGGCAGUAGCAUGUUACUUAAAAUCUAUUCUGGAGAAAUGACUAUCAGAAUUCAUUUCUUAUGGCUGGAGAAAUAGCUUGAAAAGUCUGUCUGCUUAAACUCAAGGUUACUCUCUCAUGGCUGUCCAGUUGAUUGUAGACCCCUUGAAUUGAAGGGUUGCAAUAAUUAUUUUUAGUAGUAUUCUCAGAGGCUCCACUAUAGCUUUGCACUCUGCAAACUGUAGAUUAUAGGACUACAACAUAGUUAGCAUUAGCAUUCUGUACUUUUGACUGCAAAUAUAAAUGAGCUAUAAUCGUACUUCAAAAACUGAAGGUUACCUUAAUUCGUUCAGGUUUUAUGUCGCUGACCAAUAUGUCAUGUUUAAAGAUUUGUUUUUAUAGUUGUUUUCCUUAAAUGACGCUGCUUUCAUUGAAACAGAUAUAUUGAGUACAAAGCAAAAGUGCAGUGUCAAGGUAACCCAAAGUAGUGUGGAUGACCAGGAUGGAAAAUUGUCUUGCACGUUCUUUAAUCCUCAACCUGUGCAAAGUGUCUGAAUCAUAAGAUAUUAGAAUAUUUUUUCAUUUGUAUAUAAUGGAUCUUUACUACUGAGCUAAAGAAUUGUAACUUUAAAUUGUGGUUCUGUUAGAGGCAAACUGUAAGAUAAAAGUGGAACUUCCUCUAAUCACUACUCAAUAGAUUAUGAUUAUAGCAAUGUGACAUUAGCUCGGAGGUAUUCAUUUGUAACUUGAGUACAGAACUAUUAAAAAGGUAAACUAAUUUCUAUUUGUUAGUUCUAUCUGUGAAUGUAGCUAUCUGAUAUUUUUUACAUUUUUUUUAAAUGUAGUACAUUGUUAAAGGUGAUGUGAAACUUCCUUUUUAAACGGUAGUGCUAAGAUUUAUCUGAUGGUAGUCUGGGAUUCACAUAAGUUUUCAGAUUCUAAAACUUUCGUAGAUGAUGUUCAACCCAGUUACAUGAAAAAAAAAAGUUGAGGAGAAAAUCAUUUAGAAAAUGGAGAACCAGUGAUUUUAAAAUGCAAGUAAUACAAGCAGAUUUUCCUAUAACCCUUGCAUAUCAAUGUAAGAUUGAGGCAGAAACUGGCAACUUGAGCUGCCUUUCAAAUGAACCAUUCCUGCAAGCUGCAUUUAGGCAAAUUUGUGGAGUUGUUUUCAGACCAUUUAGUUUGAUCCUGCAGCUGCUUCGUAUAUCAGCCCUUUAUUGUAAAUCAUAUAUACAUGGCCAAACUCUGUACCUGGGGUUUUACAGAAAUGCUACUCAUGUUGGAAGCUUUAAAAAUUUGGUUCAGUGUUAAUGCAAAAAGGGGCUUUGCAGAUCAUGUAUAUAAGUGAGAUAAAUGCAAAUGUGCCUUAUGAUGGUGGUUUUUUUUGUUACUAUGAAGGGACCACCCAACUAUUCAAGACUUCAAUUUCAAUCUGUGCAAUAUUUAAAGGAGUUCUUACAACUCCAUUCUCUGUCUUACAGGAACAUUGAUCACAUCUGUGAAUUUUUUUUAAUACCACUCUAAUAAAAAUCUUGACGUUUGAUAAA